AUGACUUUGACCAAACUUGUAGAGGGACGAUACGUGACGGUGGUUGUACCUGGUUCAGGGAAAUACGUUAUACUCUGUGAGGUGGAAGUGUACGGGUACCGUGCUCCAACUGAACAUUCAACGGGCAGUGCUUAUAAUGCCAUUGAUGGAAAUCGUGCCAGCGACUGGGCAAAGGGUUCUUGUGCACACACAGAAAAGGAAUUGGACCCAUGGUGGAGACUGGACCUGGGCAAAACCCAUAAAAUAUUUUCUGUUAAGAUAACCAACUACAAAAAUGCUCCUUUGCAUAUGAAUGGAGCAGAGAUAAGAAUUGGAGAUUCUCUUGAUAACAAUGGCAACAACAAUCCAAGGUGUGCUGUGAUCUCAAGCAUCCCUGGAGGUUUCACGGAGACCUUCCAGUGUAACGGGAUGGACGGUCGCUACGUCACCAUCGUUAAUCCUGCAAAAACCGGGUACAUUGCACUCUGUGAGGUGGAGGUGUACGGCUCCAGAAUGGAUUAGGUCUGAAUAGGUUCAAAACGUGUAUCAAUGACCUUUGAUACAGCUGAUGCUCUUGUACAGACUUGUGUUGCAAUGAAAGCUUAAGCUUCACUUGCUAGCUGCAGAUGGAUGGGAGUUCGAGCUUUGUAUACCUGAGCCACUCCAACACAAAAAGUAAUGUGACCUGCCAAUCAACAUGAACUAUAACAGGAUCAGGUUUUAACCAUUCUGCUUUUUUAUCGUGCAUUUCAACUGUCUCAUUCAUCAAUCAAGCAAUCAAGUCACACCCUAAAGGGGACAUUCAACACAAUCAUGUAACAAUUCAUUAAGAUCAUUCAGUUUCACUGAGUCAUGUCAGUAAUCAGUGUGAAAAAUUAACAACUUUUUAAAUGCUUUUAUAUUUGAUUUGUAUGUGUGUUUAAUAUGUAUCUUGCUAAA